CGGGGCUGGCCGGGCCGGCACGGUGCCGUGUCCCCGGCCUUCCGCCGCGCCCCCGGCUGCGCACCCAGCGUUCCGGGCUCCCUUCGCCCCCUCGGCGGGGCCUGCGGCGUCCGCUGUCAGGUGGGGAUUUAACUGGAAGCGGUGAUCUGUCGCGAUGAGUUUUCUGCUGCCCAAACUGACCUCGAAGAGGGAAGUGGAUCAGGCAAUAAAAGGUGUGGCCGAGAAGGUUUUGGUUCUCCGUUUUGGAAGAGAUAGUGAUGCUGUUUGUCUGCAGCUCGAUGAUAUUCUUGCAAAAACAGCUCAUGACCUAAGUAAAAUGGCAGUCAUUUACCUGGUGGAUGUGAACAAGGUCCCAGUGUACACCCAGUAUUUUGACAUCAGUUACAUUCCAUCUACUGUGUUUUUCUUCAAUGGACAACACAUAAAGGUUGAUUAUGGGUCUCCAGAUCAUACCAAAUUUGUAGGAAGCUUCAAAACAAAGCAAGACUUUAUAGAUCUGAUUGAAGUGAUCUACCGUGGAGCAAUGCGUGGAAAGCUCAUCGUGAGAAGUCCUAUUGAUCCCAAUAACAUUCCUAAAUACGACCUUCUCUACCAAGGAAUUUAAUGGGUUGACCUGAGGUAAAGAAUUACAGAAAUGGACGAUGUUCUAGAUGCUUUUUUCUUCACCUCUGACACGGUGGGACAGUUUUGAGCAUUUAUGCUGAAGGAUCAUAUUGGUCUCCUUCUGAAGACAGACAUUCUGUCACCUCAUGCUUCUCUCAUAAAUAAAGCUUCAUGUUCUUGCA